GCGCAAAUCAAAGCGACAGUUGUGGCAUGCUGUGAGCAACCUUUCACCAUAGCUCACCCAAAUUGAAUGUAAAAGCACAGCAUCAGGUAGAGAAGGAAGACGCAAAAACAGCUGAAAUGAGUGACUUACCAGUGGUGAAGAGCAGUACGUAUGUCGAAUCAGCGCAGCACAUCGGGCACCUGCUCUAAUACCCAAUCCUAGCCAUGAAUAGCCUUAGCCAGAGGUCGCCGUACAGCCAGAUCGGGAUGGGAGCUGCCGGUGGUUUUCUCACCGGCUUCGUGCUCCUCAAGGCGAGUAAGAUUAUGGCCGUGGCCGCUGGCGGUACCAUUCUGGCGCUCGAGCUGGCAUGGCAGGCGGGACUGGUCCAGCUGGAUGUGCUCAAGACAUUCUCACAGCUGGAACAGGAUCAGUCCCGGGGGCAGCUAGAGGUCAGAGAAAUAUCCCUGGAGCCAGUGAAUCUUAACCGCGUUCAGGAACUUGGGGAUAAAGCCAGGAAGGCGUGUGCAACCAGCGGUCGUCUAUGUGUGGCCUUCUUGGGCGGCUUUCUACUCGGCUUUGGAUGGGCUUAAGUAAUACAAAUUAUGAUCGCAAACACACAUAUACACAAUAUUUAAGUUGAUGUAAACGAAAGUUUUCACCUGUAGUGGCCUGCGGGAAUACUUUUUUGCAGUUUUUGGGUGCCGGCACGCAGGGAAAGUUUCCAUAACAAAAGCUUUGAACAUUUUAUAGAAAUUCUCUUAACAAAUAGCCAAGCCUCUCUUUACCGCACUCACAGACACACACACACACACACCUACAUACUGUAACGUGCAUUUAAAGUUUGUGCUCCGCAUAAAAAGGGACCCAGCAAAAACUUCAAACUUGUAACAACAUUUUCAUGCGCUUUUAAGCAUUUCAAUUUUCCCCGCUUGCUGGUAG